GUGUAAUGGAUGCUUAAAGUAGUAGUACUCACUAGUUUGCUUAUGAUUUUAUAUGUAAGAGACAUCAUUAUACUUUGAUAUGUCUUUUUUUUAAAUGCUGGAUAUGCUGUCUUUUUUUUUUAAUGCUGGACAUGUUGGACGUUCUUUUCAUAGAAUUGAUAUGUCAAAAGAAGUGUCAAGGGCUGCUUGGAACUCCACAUAUGAGAAAGGUCUUGUUGAUAUAUUACAUGACCAUAACAACAACCCAAAGUUCAAAGGGCAAAAUGGUUGGGUAUCAGAGGGUUGGAGGAGUAUCACCAUCAAGUUCAAUGAGAGAUUCCCUAUAGCACAUUUUACAAAGCAACAACUACAAGAAAAGGAGAAGGAACUUAAAGCAAGCUAUAAAUCAAUAAGGGAUGCAAAGAAACAGAGUGGUACGGGUUGGGAUGAUUCUAUGGGCAUGAUAAUUGCUGAACCAAAAAUCUGGGAUAAAAUUAUUAAGGAUCACCCCAAAGUGAGGAAGUUCCGCCAAAAGCCUUUUCCUCUCUUUAAUUACUUGGCAUCUCUAUAUGAAGGAAGCAUUGCUACGGGAGAUUUAAAUUUUACAUCAACUGAGCGAGUGGAACCUCCAAAUGAAAGAAGUACCUCCGAACAAAGCAUACAACAUGUGCCCCCUCCAAAUGAAACAAAUCCAUUUGCUUCAAGUUUGGAUGGUCAAGGGACAUCAAAUCAACAUAUUGAACCCAAUGAAGCUCAAUCUGCACCAUCCGAUCAUAAUUUAGGACAGCAAGAAGGUGAUAGUGGGAAAAAGCGCAAGCAAAGUCAAGUUGCAGCUGUUCUUGGAGACUACUUGGACUACAAAAAGGAACAAACAGAAAAAGUUAUGGAAAAUCUGAAUGAAAAGAAAAGACGUGAAGAUGAUUAUUCCAUUGAAAAGUGUAUCGAUAACUUGGAAGCCAUGGAAGAAUUAACCGAUGAAGAGAAGGCAGACGCAUUGGUGGUCUUCGAAAGUGAGGUGAAUAGACAAAUAUUCAUCAAAACCAAGAAUCCAAAUGUGCGAUUAAUUUGGCUGAAGAAGAAAAUUACUCCAUAGGUAUGA